CCGGUGUCUGUCAUCUUGGUUUACAUUGUACAGGAGUACCUUGCGGUUAGGUAUUGAUUGGCUCUUCGUAUCCAUAUAUUUGAGUUUCGCUAUCUUGUUUUAAUUUACGACUCUGUUUAGUGGCAAUGUCGUAGAACGGGAAUGCUGUACGGUGGAUACACUUGGUGGAUUUCGAGACAAGGAAACAAUAUGACGUACUGGGGAGGAGCUGAUCCUAAUCAUGAUGGAUAUUGUGCUUGUGGAGAAACAGGUGGGCAUCACUUUUCACAACCCCUGUUCAAUUCUAUUCCCCAUCAUUUAUUCAAUGACUAACCUGAUUACCUGACGAUCUCACCAUUUAUUACAUAUUCUUCAUUAUUCACAUGAUUGUUGCAAUUUAAACAACUUUUGUCUCUGUUGCUGCAAUUCUAAUCCACUAUGUGGCGUCACUUUCAGUCUUUUUUAUUGUCCGAAAUUAGUAGCAAGACGUAUUGAAUUUGACAAAUUCAAUUUGUGAAAGUAUACUGUGAUUUGAACCCCAAAUAGAUUUGAUUGUUAUUUUGUUUGAACUUUAAACUAUUCACUUCAGUAAUAUUAAGUUUCUUGUCGACAUCUAGAAGAAAUAAAAAAGUUACCUCUAUGACUAUUUCGCGAAUGACAUUUUAGCCCAGCUGGCUUUGACUUGUGCAAAUUGUUGUUUUUUUAAAUCGUCUUGGUCACUGUAAGAUAUCGGUCAUAUUGAAGCGAAUCUAUUUCUGCACUUGUCGCCAACUCUGACGGAACUCAAAACGUAAUCUGUCAUAACUAUAUCAUUCACUUCAGGAUCUUGCCAGCCUGGCACUACUUAUAGUCACAAGUGCAACUGUGAUUACUACGGUUCGUCUCCAGAUCGAGUCGAUGCUGGAUAUCUUUAUGAUAAAAAUGUACUUCCAGUUACUGGAAUGCACUUUGGAUUCUAUUAUACCUCGACAUCGUAUUUUGGAUACUACACUUUAGGACCAUUGAAAUGUUACUGAAACAUUGGUGCCGCAUCAAUUAUUGUGACAAUAAUAGUAGACGUGAUGGUGUAAAAAUAAUACGUUUAAUUUUUGUGCUGUAGGUUGAGCCUUGAAAAAUUUUAGAGAAUAAAAUCAUCUUCCUAAUUAUUAAUAUUAUUUUUUAUUUGUUAUGGAGUUGUUUUGCUUAGUAUCAGAAAGCAUUAAGAAUAUUAGCUAAUUUUGUAGCCAUGAAUUACAAUCUGUUAGCUCUCUUGCUACUCGGGUCGAAAGUUAUUGGUGUUGACACAAAUCAGAAAUUUUCAUUUGGUGCUUUGCAAGCAAUUUAUGAUAUUAAAAAAGGUUCUGACAAGAAAAGGUUGACUACAAAAUAUAAAGUUACGAAAAAACGAUCAAGGAACAAUUAGGAAGGGGUGGCGCAAUCCUAAAAAUGUCACGUGAGCGAAGAUGUUUGAUGUCAGCCAAGAACAGUAAAGAAACUUUUUAGGGGGAAUAUUUCCUUCCUCAUAACUUUAUUUUUUGACUGAAGCUAAACCGUAAUUUGGGUUCCUUCUUGAACUCGACAAACUCAGGUUAAUUUUUUUAGGAGAAAUUUGUUCGAACUAAGUUACCCGCUUUCACUCAUAAGAAAAAAAGACUUCCGAGCAAUGUGAUUCGCCGUUCAAAUUAACAAAUCAGGAGCGGUGGUGAAUUUAACAUAUUUGAUUUUUUUUAAAAAAUGGGCAUAACAAUACCCUCAUCUAUUCCGUAACUAUUGAGGGCUCACAGCCAAAUGAGAACAACGGCUUACGACUGAUAUACGCAAUAAAAACUCUUCAAUUUGGAUCAAUUGUACUUUUCGAUCGUUGAUGUUAAUCAAUUUUUAAAUGAAUGGCGAACGUGCAACAAUAGCCAAGGUUGAUGCAAUAUAAUUAUUCUAUAGUCUGAUUAUCAUGAUCAACGUGGGUAAGGUAUUGAUUAUAAUUCGUUUUGCGUUUUUCUAAAUACUAGUUAAUAAAAUCGCGUUAUUGUAAAAUCAGUUCAAAUUGUUAUGUUCAGGUUAUUAGUUAAUGAUUCGGAUUUGACAUGUCGUCAUCUAAAAUUUAUCGAUAUUAUGAAGGUAGCAAAUUAUGUUUAUCCUACAAUCGCAUUCCGUAAAACUCAGAAAGAUGAAACAUUACAUGGCUUGAAAACUGUUUGAAUUGAGUGUUUUCUUUUCGCAAAUUGUUUGGUACAUUUGAAUGUUAUAUUGACAUAUGUGCAUUCUCGCUAUAAAUUGACAACAAAAUGAAAUACGGCGAUCAUUUUUUAACAAAUGAAGUGUAAAUUUGUUAGGUAAAAAUUUUAUCAUUUUUAUCGAAUUAAAAAAAUAACAAAUGAAAAAAAAAAUUGCAUAUUCCACAUAUUAUUUCCAAAAUACUGAAUUGCCCAAAAAGUGAUUUUAUAAUCUAUGAUAUUGAAACGUUAUAUUGUAUUAAUGUUUGAAGUAUGAAGGAUGACAAGCUGCCUAAGUUACCGACAACAUUAAUCAUGAGAUCUCGCAUUCGAGGCUCAGUCAGAUUAUAAAUAAUCCAACUAACUAACGUAGUUGCUGCCGUUUGUUAUUUUCAUUGUUCUUGUUAAUGACGAAAAUGUCAAACACAAAAUACAAUUUCUUUUUCUAGCUUAAAGCGUUUUCAUUGUCUCUAGAAUUUUUUUUCAAUGCGUUCUCUUUAAGUCCAUCAUUUUUUUUAUCAAAAAGUCUGAGUUAGUCUUAUAAUCAUGGCGUCACUUCGGUUGUGAUGCAUCAAAAUAUUACUUCUUCAAUAAGCGUGUUUGACGUGGUGUAGUAUUCAGCGAUCAAACGAAUGACUAACGUGUGAUUAUCAUUGUUGCGAGAUAUGUUUGCCUAUAUAAAUAUGUUUUCGGAUUAAUUCAGGUGAAGAAAUAGCAUUCACCUUAAGAGGUUGACAACUGUCUGAUUUGUGUAGUUUUCUAUUAGUAAAUUGUAUUGUUAUUUUUGGAAUUCUAUUGAAAUAUGGGCUUUUUCACUCUAAUUACUUUUAUAAUUUUACUCUCUUUCGCUCCAUCUCUUGGACAUCUGAAAAUGACAAUUAAUGGCUGAUUUUUAAAAAAAAUUUUCUUAUGUAUUUGAUCCAAUCCACAAACCUGUUGUAUACACUCUGCGGUAUAUUCUCACACUGAUGAUCAAUAUCAAUGUGCUAACGAUUCAAGCUGACGUGUGGUUGGAUCGUUCAGUAUUUAAAUCUUUCGCAAUUUGGUCGUGACAAAUAGACAAAUCUCCCUAAUUUAUUCUACGUGGUCGUUUAAGGAUGUUUGGCAGCUCUCUUUUUCGAAGUUUAAUUAUUGCAUUACUUUGUCAAUGAGUUCUAUGUGAGCAAUUAAAUAAUUUGAAAGACAUUUCAAAAUUUGGCAUCACUUUUUUUUCGUCUAGAACAGGCAUGUCCAACCUUUUUUAGUGUGGCGGCCACUUUCACAUGGGGAAAAUUAUUGCGGCCGCAAACGUUUUUACCGAACUUAAAAACCAACCCAAUUCUGAUUUACGUCAGAAUUUGAGCGUCACUAACUCAAACGUCUAGAAUUUUCAAAUUAUACGACUUCAAACUCAAAACGGCGUAUUAGGCAUACAUCGUUGUCUUGAAACUCUUCUCAAUCCUUUUGAUAUUUCCGAUUUUCGUCCUCAAGCUUCAUCUAUUUUGUUCCAUACAUGCCGGUGGAUUUGAUUUUGUGGUUCGUCAACUACCAUCGAUAAAACCCAGAAUCGGUAUGACCUCGAUGACUCCACAAUGAGUUCAUUGUCGCCACAGAUGUUGCAAGUUUGAGUGGCCCUGUGUAAAAUCAUGUUCUGAGGCGCUUAACAACGCUUUUCUUAUGGCGGAGUCGCGUGAAUUUAUAGCCUAAAUUCUAUUAGGAUUUGAUAUCAUACCAGGAAAUUUUCUCAUGUUAAAUAUGUUUAUAUGUCUGUAUUUAUAUAAAAACUUCAAGUGGGCCGCACGAAUUCUUCCUGUGGGCCGCAUGCGACCUGCGGGCCACAGAUUGAACAUCCCUGGUCUAGAGUCUAGAGACAUUAAUGACAGAUCACGGCCAACCGAGUACGACGGCUGAUGGUGGCUGUGAAUAAAUUCAAUAGAACAAACUGUUAAGAUAAGUAAUUUAUAAAAAGUUUAAAAUGUGCACGGUGGUACAUAUGGUGUAAGUGCAAAAACAACCGGCAUAUAUUCAAUACGAUUAACUUAUAUUAUGUGUUACAUUCGCGAUGAUCAAUAUCAACGUGCUGAAUAUUCAUUAAUGAACUUGAUGUUGUCCAUAAAAGUUAACCGUGACUUCCGUGAUUCGUUAGUGAGCACGAGAACUGCAACUCGCGUGCCAAUGAAAUCAAUUUAAGUAACUGAUGUCGAAAAUAGGAAAAAGUACGAACUCAAUUCAUGAAGUACGAGUUUGAUAUGAAGCUGUAAACGGGAUAGGAUAUGUCGUCAACUAAAAUUUAUCGAUAUUAUGAAGGUAGCAGGUUAGCAAAUUUUUACUUGGUAAGUCGACCAACAUAUCCUACAGAAAUUUUGAAAUCGGUUUUGAAGUUUUUGGGAAAAGAAAUCGAAUUAGAUUGUAAACCAAGAAAAAUGAUUGACGUUGGAUGCGGUAGCGGCCAGAACACUCAUAUGUACUCACAUCAUUUUGAAUCAAUUCUAGGGAUCGAUAUCAGCGAAGCUCAAAUAGUUUUAGCAAACAAAAUCAACACAAGCGAAAAUGUAUGCUUUCAACUGGUUGAUGACAAUCUGUUACCCGUGGAAGAUAGUACCAUCGACUUGGUAACGUGUGCUUGUUCCGCGCAUUGGCUUGAUAUGGAAAUAUUCGAAAGAGAAUGUGAAAGAGUUUUAAAGCCUGGUGGAUGCUGCGCAAUAUACACUUAUGUUCCUAUAAAAGCAACUAAAGUGACUCAGAGUAAUGAAGGAUACAUUAAAAGUAUUUCUCUGAUAGAAGUACAUCGUGAUUAUCUGAGCAAUGUGAACGCACACCACCGUACAACAGUGGCGUUCGAUUUCUAUGUUGAAAUUUUUAAACAACUGAAAAAUAAUACAAAAGAGUGGAACAAUGGAAUCGAGAGCAAUGCAAUAUACACUAUGUCGGAAUACAAAGAUUUUUUUGCAAGUAUGGGCGAAUAUCACAUUGGUAACUAUACGUCAUGCAAUGACCCGCUUGACGUUCUCGCAAAAAAAGUCAAGAAACUUCUAGAUGUUGAGAAUACUGCAGAUGAAGAAUUAUCUUUCAUCUUGACAUAUGUUUAUCCUACAAUCGUAUUCCGUAAAACUCAGAAAGAUGAAACAAUACAUGGCUUGAAAACUGUUUGAAUUGAGUGCUUUUUUUUCGUUAAUUGUUUGGUACUCUUGGAUGUUGUAUUGAAAAUGUCCAUUUUCACUUGAAAUUUACAACAAAAUAAAAUACAGCGAUCAUUAAAAAAAAAAGUUGUAUAUUUAUUAGUUGACAAAUUUAUUAUUCCUAUCAAAUUAAAAAAA